ACACAGGCAUAGAGCAGAUUAUUCUGGCUGCUGAGUAAAAGCUUGCUAUUGUUUCUUAAAUGGUUUAUUUAAGCUAAAGUACUUCUAAAUUGGGAAAAUUUGGCUACGUUUGAAAAUCCAUUUGAAGUGUGUGCCUCCUUUCCUAGUCUUUCCCAAACUAUGCCAACUUAAUGCAGUAAGCAGAAAAUAGCAUGCAGAAGAGCAAAAUAGAUAGAAGCCUGGUAAAUUCCUGCAUUAUACUGAUAUAAUAGAGAGAAUCCCUAACUUAAGUGUAACACAAAGGAAGAGCUCACAAUGGAAUUUGUGCAUGACCUAUGCUCAAACGCAAGGACUCAGUUACUAUUGCUUAUUUUACUACAAAGUUGUCAAGAUGACUUCAGUAACAAGAAAUUUCGUAAUGCGGAAGAAAAGUGCUGCAGAUGCACAGAAGAACAAAUGUCAAAAGUGUUUGCAGUUUGGUCACUGGACUUAUGAAUGCAAAAAUCAGAGAAAAUAUGUCCACAGAGAAUCUCGUACAAAACUACUUGCAAAAAAACGAAAGGCUGCAGCGAAGCAGCAAAAAGAAGAAAUGCAAGCUGCUGUGAAAGAAAAGGAACUGGAAGCGGAUGCAGAUGAUGAAGAUGAAGAACAAUCCGAUUCAUCCUCCUCCUCAUCCUCCUCCUCAAGUUCAUCAUCAAGUAGUUCUAGUAGUUCGUCAGAAUCCGACAGUGAACCUUCUUCGCCAGUAAAAAAACGAAAACGCCGAAAGAAAUAAUCACUGCGAUUUAUUCCCGCCAAUUCAUUUAUGAAUUUACCCACUAAGAUAAGCCCUCACAUAUGGUGCGUGAAAAUGAGAUCUGCGUAUUUGGUCAUGCCAGAAUGACAGAUUUUGAGAAAAAACAUUUAUAAUAACUCUAAUAUUUUAUGGAAUGCACAUUUUAAAUCUCUUUUUUGAGAGUUUCAUAUUGAGUAUAAAGUUUACCGCGUAAUUGUGUGUGGUUGCGGAUAUGUUUCAAAAUUUAACAAUUCGCGAGUAUAGAUGGAACAAGUGCCUAAUUUUACUCAACGAGCGCAUAGCGAGAUUUAUUUGAAUUUGCAUUGUGCCUUUUUUAUGUAACCAAGCAUAAAAAUUACCCUAUAUUCUCACGUUAUGCCGCAAACGCUUGUGUUUCAUAAAGGCGCCUAUGCACAACUAUGUUUUGAAGGCUUGGUAACUAGCCAUUUCCGUAUAAGACAUCCUACUUAUAA